AUGAAUAAGCAAGACGUGCAAAUUUGUUCGUGGUUAGAGGAGUCUGAUUUAGAAGAGACCGGUGCACAAUGUUUCGACGAAAGUAUGUCUGAAAGCGAUCGGGACAGUGAAAAUUUGGAACAUGAUAGUGAUACCGAACAGUCAGGAGAUGAAAUGAUGUCAUCGGAGACAUGUUUCCAUCGACUCAAUUUAGUCGAUCAUCGGCCAUCGACUAGUUUCAAUCAAUUGACAACGAUUCCCAGGAGUCGCAGCCGUUCUCCUGUCACCUCCCGGAGACCAUCUCGCAGUGCACGUCAACAUCGUGAACGUUUGUCGUUUAGAUCUUCAUCAACAUCUUCAAAUUCAUCGAGCGAUGAACCUUUGGCUCACAUACGAAAUGAACCUGUUCAUUUAGAAAGCGCAAAUACACCAACGACACACCAGACCUCCAAAAAUCAUUGUGAAUUAACUCGCAAUGAAGAAGACAUUAACCAAAAUGCAAAUGAAGAUAUUUCUAACCACAAUCUUGGAUUUAAUAUUGUGCCUUCCCAAAAAAUCACACCUAAAGAUCACCAGAAAGCUGAACAGGAGGAACUCCUUCAUGUGGAUGAAAACUUGCAUCUAAAUGAACAACUUCAUGCAGAAAGAAGAAAUUCCAGGUCAUCUACCUCCAGUCGUGCAUCUCCACGUGAUUUUUCACCUGCUUCAGACGAUGACCCAAGUUACUUACCACUAAAACCAUCCACUGCAAACCGUCGACGAUCAGACUCUUCUUCUUCUUCAGAUUCAUCAUCGAGCAAUUCUUCGUCUAGUUCCUCUUCCUCGUCAAGUUCUUCGUCUUCGUCGAGUUCUUCUUCUGAAUGUUCUUCGACGAGAAAUCACCAGUGUCCAUCGUUGGCGUCAUUAGCUUCUGCCGCUCUAGACAAAAUCUCUAUAAUCCAACCUACUACUAUCAGAAAUGACUGCAAUGAAGAUGGGAAAAUUACUGUCACCCAUUCCUUAGAAUCUAAUAAUCUAACGUCAGUUCCUGGGCUAGCCAGUGUUAACAUAUUGAACCCUGUUGUAGGAGAAGGCAAUAGGAAUAGUCGAAAAAAAUCAGACGAAUUAAUAAAAAAAAGACAGCUCAGACUCGAAGAAAUCGAGGACAAUCAUACGUAUCUACAUCAUCAAAAAUUGUUGCAGAAAGGGUGA